UCUGCAUGCAUUUGCCCUUUGAGCUUUAAUAAAAAGAGUUGACCAAAAAAACGUACGAUUGCGAUGGAACAGCGUUGACCAUAUGCGUUCAAGCUUCAAAGUGUUAGAUAUCAAAUCGCCAUAACUUUGCCUUCUUCCCAUGGCAAAUUCUUUACCGGAGGAUUCGAAGUCUCGAUCUGUGUGGAAGUACGAUGUCUUCCUGAGCUUCAGAGGCACAGAUGUUCGCAGAAAAUUCAUCAGCCAUCUCAACGAGGCUCUCACUGAUGAAGGAAUCGUAACCUUCCACGACAACAGAGACCUCGAGAGAGGCGACUCAAUCUUGAGAGGACUAGAGGAAGCGAUGAAUCAGUCGAGAUACGCGAUCGUCGUGGUCUCGGAGGACUACGCUACAUCUCAGUGGUGCUUGAGAGAGCUUUCUUUUAUGGUGGAAUUAGCUGGGAAGACGAAACGCUUCAAGCUGAUCCCUAUAUUCUAUGAUAUCGAUCCUUCGGCCUUGAAGAGCCGAACCGGUUGUUUUAACAAAGCUUUUGAGGAUCAUGAGCAGAGAUUUGAUGGUGAGACGGUGAGUGAGUGGAGAAGGGCUGUGGGUAUAGUUGCGAACGUAUCUAGCUGGGUUUCCAAAACCAGAAGCGAUGACGCAAAGCUUAUACAGGAAGUUGUUCGAGAUCUUUGCGAGAGGUUAUACGCGGAGCCAUCAGACGACACAAGUGAAUUCGUAGGGAUGACUCUCCACAAGAAACGAAUAGAAUCUCUUUUAUCAACGGAGGACUCUUCUUCUGAUGAUGUCAAAAUGGUAGGAGUGUGGGGUAUGGGGGGCAGAGGGAAAACAACCAUCGCCAAAUGUGUCUACGAAUCCCUCUCCACUCAUUUCCCUAGUCGUUGCUUUCUCGGAAACGUGAAAGGCGAAUCAUCAUCACAUCUGCGGAAGCAAAUCAUGUCCGAAAUCUUCCCCAAAAGCCCCCUGAAUGCACGGUGCGUCAGCCCCGAGGCGAUGAAGCGAAGACUACGCGGCAAGAAGGUUCUCCUCAUCCUCGACGAUGUCGACGACGUUCAGCAGCUGCAAGAAUUGGCUGGAGACUGCAAGUGGUUCGGACCAGGAAGCAGGGUCAUUAUAACGACACGUGACAAGCGUGUGUUGGACGAGCACUCUGUCAAACACAUUUACGAAGUGAAGCCUCUUAGGACCACACAAGCGCUUCAGCUUUUCAGCAGGCACGCCUUCAAAACGAAUCGUCCUCCACAAGACGAGUUCAGACAACUCUGUUUAGAUAUCGUGGAGCAGCUCUGCGGUCUUCCUUUGGCGCUUCGGGCAAUCGGUGCGUCUCUGUACAAUCGGAGUAUAGCGUUUUGGGAAGAUAAGCUGUGUAUACUGAGAAACAGUCUUGAUAAAUCUAUAUCGACGGUGUUAAAAGUAAGUUACGAUGCACUGGAUGAGCAUGAGAAGACUGUGUUUCUUUAUGUUGCUGGUUGCUUCAACGGGGAAUAUAUGGAUCGAGCGAGUAUGGUACUUGAUCCCUUUGUGAUCAGAUCCAAACCAAGGCUGGUGACUCUUAUGGAAAAGUCUAUGAUUAGUAUGUCCAACAAUACGAGGCUAUGGGUUCAUGAUUUACUCCGAGACAUGGCAAAUGAUAUCACUUGUGAAGGGAAAAUGAAUAAGAUGAUGUGGAACUUUUUGGAUAUCAAAGGCUUGUUCACUGAAAAUGUGGGGAAUAAAGAGAUUGAGGUUGAGAGUAUAUUUCUCAACAUGGCUGAAGAAACAGGGCUUUGCGUUAACCCCGAAACGUUUAAGAGGAUGCGCAAACUCAAGUUUCUUAAAAUUCAUAGUAAUUUAACUGCUGCGGGGAGCAAAGUUUGUAUCGUUGAUGAGUUUGACUACCUCCCUCCACUAAGAUAUCUGCACUGGGAGGCUUACACUUUAAAGUCAUUGCCUGCAAAGUUUGAGACUAACUUUCUAGUUGAGCUCAACCUCCCUGAUAGCUCAGUUGAAACACUAUGGACCGGAAGUCAGGACCUCGGAAGUCUAAGACACAUGAACCUUAACAGAUGCAGGAACCUGAUUGAAGUUCCAGACCUUUCAAAGGCAAGGAGCCUCGAGUGCUUAUGCCUUUGUGACUGCGAAAGCUUGGUUGAGCUCCCUUCUAGUCUUGGUCUUCUUGAUAAGUUAGUUAAGCUGUCCAUGCUAAACUGCAAGAAACUCAAGAGUCUUCCCAGUAACAUCAAAUUGAAGUCUCUCAAGACUCUUUCUCUAGACGGAUGCAUCAACAUAGAAGAGUUUCCAUUUGUGUCCGACGUUAUCGAAGAGCUGGGACUGCGCUGCACAUCGAUUGAACUAGUUCCAGAUUCGAUCAGCCGUCUCGAAAAGCUCACGGAGCUUCGGUUAUCACAUUGCAAGAGACUGAAGAACCUCCCUGAGACCUUUGGGGAUUUGAAUUCGCUCAAGCAUCUCACGCUGACUUGCUGUCCCAACAUCACAGUGUUUCCAAUGCUUGGCGAUGGAGUGGAAACUGUGUCCUUGAACGGAACACUGAUCGAGGAAGUUCCCUCGUGGAUAGGGUGUAAGGUGAAUCUAACGUGUCUUGACAUGUCAGAGUGCAAGAAGCUCCAUAAUCUGCCUCACUCGCUGAGAAACCUGAAGAACCUGAAGCUGCUUUAUCUCCGUGGAUGCGUUAAUAUCACUGAGAUCCCACAGGUUGCAGGGGAAAUGAGAAGAUUGGAUUUAUAUGGGACGUCGAUAGAGAAAUAUGGAGUUCUCUCUGAAGAGGAAGCACUUGUGUUGGACAAUCGUGAUAUGGACUUCUUGAAACGGUUGCUCACUCGCUAUGUCCGGAGUUACAAGAGAAAACGCGACUCUAGAUAGUUGAUUUCACUUCUCUUCAGGUUUCAACAAGACUGAGUUGGUUGUUGUGACAGACAUGAGAUAGAAUCCCGUUUGAUCCUUGAUGCGAACCAAAUGGUGUUCAAGAGAAAAGAAGAAUCACGUUUCAUCAUUUCCUAAGUUGUAUGAGAUGGGAUUCCCACAUUCCCGUUUCUCCUUGUUUCAUAGUUUGCUUGUAGCCUGUAGGAUUGGCAAAGGAACCCUUUAUGUCC